CUUCGAGGAAACAAUGACAGCACGUGAUGCUCAUCACCUACACUGCCACCAGUUACUUGCUCUUCUGCUCCGUGCACGGUCUAUGACCCAAUGGCCAACUACAACCGGACGCGACAUGCAGAGGACUUGCUAGAACGGAACGCCUCGAGCCCACCUUCGUUCGCGGUCCAUCUGCAUCCGGAGCACUGGACGCUCAACAAUGCGUCCAAGUUCUUGUACAAUAACCAAAUUUCGAGCCUCCUGGAUGACAUCAGAGCGCACCGGAUUCCGGUCGACUUUCUCGAAAUCUUCGACGCUCUCAAGGUGCCAUUCUACGAUGGCUGUCUGAUCGUCGAACUCCUGGAUUACCGGCCGCAACAAAAAGCGAAGGACACGCCGCUUGACAAGCCGGGAAAGACCCGAGUCGUGCUCCAUCCGAACGGAGAGACGCUUUUCGCGGACUUAUGCGCCUUGAAUCGGAAGCACGGUGCGACCUGGAGUGACCAGCAGGCGCUGGAGGUCGAAGCAAAGAUCGUCCAACUGACUGCACCACCGCUCUGCCUCUCGCCGGAUCCGUUGCUCACGCGCAUCGUCAACCACACACUGCGUGUAUCGACGCCAAUGGUGCCAACGUCUCUCAAGCGGAAGGCGGCGGCUCUGGAUCCCGAGGAAGACGAAAUUGAUAAGGCGCGCCGGACGAAGAUCAUGCAGUACAUGGCGCCUCGCCCUGGGCGGGGUAUCAGUCAGAACUAUAAGAUUCUAGACGUCAUCCAAAGGGCUCGUGCUAUGCAAGCUGCGAAACCGCCAACUCCUUCCGUGCCUCCUACCGAACCACCCCAUCCGUCACCUGUGUCGGUCGACAAGUUGAGAAAGCAAAACGGGACCCCGAUGUUUAUGAAUGGGUCGUCCAGCCUGAACCAAACACCGUCUCCGACACAUGUAUUCCCUGUACAAUCUGCCGAGGCAAAACGCGCGCCCACCCCACUGCAGCACCAGUUCUCUGUCACCCCUGCAGCCAGCUCCCCGCCCCAAUCUCAACCUCCACCGUCCCAUCCCGCUCCAGUACCCACCCCGAUACCCCACCCCCAAUCCCAAACUCCGGCCCAAACUCAACCGCAGGUGAAGGUGCAGGCUCAGCCCCAGGCGUUCCCCAACCCGGCGGCAAUCCAACCUCGCCCUCAAUCUGUGACGCCGAAUUUCGCUGGCGCGAACCAGUUUGCCGUUCCACCUGGCACGCGGAUGACCAAUGUAAACGGCCAGACGAAGCUCCCCCCGCCGAGUGGAGUGAUGAAAAAUGCCCAGUCGCAGCAGAUAUUCAUGGCUGCCCAGCAAUUGCAACAGCAGAGAGCGGCUGCGCUGCAGGCCCAGCAACAGCAGCAACAGCAGCAACAACAACAACCGAACGGUCGAUUGACACCGCGCCCGGCCCAGCCGAUGAAUCUGGGCAUGAAUAUGAACAUGAACGCUGCUGCUGCCGCGGCUGCGAUGGCCAACCGCGGCGCCAACGGCGGUCUGCCCACCUUGAACCAACAACAGCGUAUCGUCGCUGCCCGGUCGCCCAUUCCCCCUGGAAACCCGAAUCAGCCGCAGCAGAACGGCAACGGCCAGCAGCUGAACUACACGUACCACCAGCCAGCCAACACCGGGUUGCGGCCCAAUGGUGUGAAUUCGCCUCGCCCGCCGAACGGCGCAGUGCGCCCUGCUGGAUCACCCGCAGUGGCGGCGGCAGCAGCAGCGGGUGGUGGAUCUGCUGGUACAGAGGCUGCGCAGAUGAUGAGCGGAAUGACGCCUCAGCAGCAGGCGCAGCUGUCGAUGUACUACCGCAACCACGGGUACGGGAUGAACGCCACCCAGUUGGCGCAGUGGCAGCACAUGGUCAUGCAGCAGCGGCAGAUGGCCGCGGGGCAUCCGCAGAGCGCAGCUGCGAUGCAGAUGAAUGGGCUCGCCAUGCAGAUGAUAAACGCCAAUGGCGCCGCCCAACAGCAUAUGCAACAGCAGCAGCAGCAGCAACAACAACAGCAGCAGCAGCAGCAGCACCAUCAGAUCCCUGUCAAGGGCCAACCUCCCGGUCGAUGA